AUGUCUACUGAAAUUCCUGGCCCGCCCGGUAUACCCAUUCUGGGCAACAUCUUCGAUGUUAACCCCAAUGAGACAUGGAGUUCUCUGAACAAGUUGGCCAGCAAAUAUGGUCCUAUUUUCAAGAUCAACGUGCUGGGUAACCAACUGGUGUUCAUAUGCAGUGUCGCUUUGCUCGACGAGAUCUGCGAUCAGACCCGAUUCCGCAAGUGUGUCAAGGGCCCGGUCGUCGAGAUUCGGUAUUCUGUGCACGACAGUCUAUUCACCGCAGAUAACGACGACAAGAACUGGGGGGUCGCGCACCGAAUCAUGAUGCCCCUCCUGACCAAGGAAGCGACCGAUAGUGUAUACAAUGAUAUGAUGGAAGUCGUCCCCGAUCUCACAAGGAAAUGGAGCGCAGGCACUAAGCAACGUGUCAAGGCAAGUGACGAUCUCGAUCUGAUCCUGCUGGCGUCCUGCAUGAAGUGCUUCUUCAACGAGCGAGUACACGUGCUGGGUGAAAAAGAUGAGACUCAGAAAAAGGCGUGGGCCAUGGUUGAGGCAUGGGAGGGUGCCACCAUGGAAGCGUUGAAGCGGCCGAACCGACCAAAGCCGCUGAACUGGUUAUACCAGGGCCGAUUCUCAGCCUUCACCAAGACCAUGCGCAACUACGCCACCGAUAUUGUGAACCGCCGGAAGAAUAACUCAGAACUGGCGCGCAAGGAUAUGAUGGAUGCAUUGUUGAAUGGUGUGGAUCCUGAGAGUGGGCUCAAGCUCACAGAUUCGCAGGUGGUGGACGAAAUUAUCUCAAUCUUCAUUGGUGCUGCGACGGCUGCCAACCUACUGACCUACGCGGUCUACUACCUCAGCAAUAACCCCGAAGCCCUGAAAAAGGGACAGGAUGAGAUUGACUCCGUCGUUGGAGAAGGUCCAAUUGAUCUUUCCCACUUGAAGCAGCUCAAUUAUGUCGAGGCCAUUCUUCGAGAGACAAUCCGUCUCUCUGCCGCCGCACCUGGCUUCAAUAUUGAACCUAUCCCACGCAAAGACAAAAAGGAUAAGACCCCCGUGCUCCUCGGUGGGGGAGAAUAUCAGAUUCCUUACGACCAGCCCAUGCUUGCCAUUUUGAGUGCAGUGAACCGCGACCCGGCUGUAUUUGAGGACCCAUUGGCCUUCAAACCCGAGCAGGUGAUUGGCGACAAGUGGGACAAGUUGCCCGCUGCCGCCAAGAAGGGCUUCGGCAACGGCAAGCGCGAGUGCAUUGGUAAAUUGUGGGCCUGGCAGUGGUCGUUCUUCACUCUGGCUAGCAUUCUCAAGGACGUCACGUUCGAGCUGGAGGAUCCGAACUACGAGCUCCAGGUCAACGGUGCCUUUAGCAUCAAACCGAUGGACAUGUAUGUGCUGAUGUCCGGUCGCCGCAAGUAG